GACAGUCCCGACUUCACGGCUUCAUUGUCUCCCAGAAGCUCCGCUGCUGAAAGCCAAAUCGUUCGAUCGUUCUGCCACAAGUCCAGCCGCAACACCAAUCGCCCACGGUCCGGCCUCAUCCCUCUGAUCUCGAACGAACACCCACCGUCUCGCAGACAUGUCGGCGCCUCUACCAAAGCGAAUCAUCAAAGAGACGGAGAGACUGCAAAAUGAACCGGUGCCGGGCAUCUCCGCCACGCCGCACGACGACAACGCACGAUACUUUGAUGUGAUAGUGGAGGGACCAGGUGGCAGUUGCUACGAAGGUGGUGUGUUCCAUCUGGAGCUGUUUCUGCCCGAUGACUACCCAAUGUGUCCACCACGGAUACGAUUCCUCACUCGCAUCUACCACCCAAACAUCGAUCGCCUGGGCCGGAUCUGUCUCGACGUCCUCAAGAACAACUGGUCUCCAGCACUCCAGAUCCGCACGAUUCUGCUCAGCAUACAGGCGCUCUUGGGUGCGCCAAACCCGGAGGAUCCGCUGAAUGAAGCGGUCGCAAAGCAGUGGAAGGAGAACCAACCCGAGGCCAUCAAGACUGCGAAAGAGUGGACCGAGCUGUACGCGCAAAAGAAGUGAUACACUGGUGAGAUUGAUGUCGUUACGAAAAGCAUGAUCGUUUGAGUGCUUCCUCGCUCGUAUCCGAAGUACUGGCGUCUGGUGAACGUUGGGCCAGCACUGUGUGUUUUGAUCGGGCUCGAUUUGCAAUUCCCGCCCUAGAUAGCUUUCCUCGAGUCG